AUGGUGACUACACGAGGCAUGACUUCUCUAACACCGGAUGAACCGGGAACUGUUCCAGUUCCUAACCCGGGAUUUGAUGCGACUUCUGAAGAAUUACCUCCACAAGCUGUUCCACAGGUCAACAUGAUUAUGGAGAUGCUGCAGGCCCUUAUACAAGGACUCAGAACCACCGGACCGUCGCACGCGACUACCAGCGAACGUCGUGACACCAAGGUUCCAGACCCUAAGUGCUUUGCUUCAAAAUCAAUCAAGGAAUUCGAGGAAUGGAUUGAGGACGUGGAAAACAACAUCUUAAGUUGUCCCCGGUCCUACCCCGACGAAGCAAGUAAAGUCCAAUAUGCUGCCGCUUGGCUUGAUGGAGACCACCGUAUCUAA